CCAUUAUCUGCUGUCAACAUGGCGUGUUUCCUUUCUUCUGAAAUCUGAUGUGUCGAUGUCGGGCUGUCGGCCAUUCCGUUUGAUUUCGCGGCACAGUUUUAUUACAUUAAAUAAUAAUCAAUCCUAAUUAGUACACGAUACUGUAAUCUUCAGAUUAGUCAAAAUGAGUGACCCUUACGCGUCUGGAGAUUACACCGGCGGUGGAGGAUAUCCUAGCCAAUAUUCUAUGCCCCCGCCUUCAUUAAGUGCUAGUGAUAGCAGUUACAGCUCUACACAACAACAAGGAGGUUAUAAUCAGAGUGGCUAUACAGGGCAAAGUACCGGAGCUACUUGGAACCCACCAAGUUCGGGAAAUGCUGGUGGAGGAAGCUAUGGCGGAUCUCAACAAGACAGCAGUUAUGGACAAAGUUAUGGCUCUAACUAUGGCAGUACGGGAAGUUAUGAUCGUAACAAUGGAAGCAAUUAUAAUGCGAGCAGCAAUGAUCGUGGGAGUAGCAAUUAUGGAAGCAGUGACCGCGGAAGCAGCUAUGGCAAUAAUGACAGAGGUGGUGGAGGCGGCGGCGGUGGCGGUGGUGGCUAUGGAAGUGAUCGUAGCGGAGGUUCCAGUUUUGGUGGAGACCGUGGCGGUGGCGGCGGCUACGGUGGAUCAGGAGGGGGUCGCGACGGAGGAUAUAGAGGAGGUGACCGAUCAGGUGGCUACAAUAGAGAUGGGGGGAAUAGAGAUGGAGGAUAUGGUGGCGGCGGCAGGGGGGGUGGUUUUAAUAAAGGCGGCGGUGGAUUCGGUGGCGGGGACCGGGAUGGAGGUGACAUGGUCACCCAGGAAGAUACAGUUUUUGUGCAAGGCAUGAACCCAUCGACCACUGAAGAUGAAUUAUGCCAACAUUUCGGUGCCAUAGGCAUUAUUAAGAUUGAUAAAAAAACACAAAGACCUAAAGUGUGGAUGUACAAAGAUAAAGCUACCGGCCAACCGAAAGGAGAAGCGACCGUCACAUACGAAGACUCGAACGCCGCUUCGUCCGCUAUACAGUGGUUCGACGGCAAAGAUUUCAACGGAGCUACAAUAAAAGUCUCGCUCGCCCAGAGACAGAACACAUGGGCAGGUGGUAAAGGUGGCGGCGGCGGCGGUGGCGGUUUCCGUGGCGGUCGCGGGGGCGGUGGUCGCGGCGGCGGUGGCGGAGGCGGUGGCGGUGGUGGCGGCGGCGGCGGUGGAGGCGGCAACGGACCGACAUUCAACCGCGCCGGGGAUUGGAUUUGCAGCAAUCCUACGUGUGGAAAUACUAACUUCUCGUGGCGAAAAGCCUGUAAUAGAUGUAAUGAAGAAAAGCCAGGUGGCGGUGGAGAUGACGGUGGUCCACCUCAUGGAGGUCGCGGCGGUGGCGGCGGCAGGGGUGGUGGCCGCGGAGGUGGUCGUGGUGGCGGCCGUGGAGGCAGUGGUGGCGGUGACCGCGGCGGCGGCGGCUGGGGCGGCGGCGGGCGCCAAGAUCGGGGCGGAGACCGCGGCGGCGACCGGCGGGGCUCGGGCGGCGGCGGCGGUGACCGCAGCGGUGGCGCCAUGAGAGGAGAUGGAGGGGGCAGGGACAGACAGAGACCUUACUAAGCAUUUACAUUAAUGUAAAAUUAAGUCCUAGUUUAGUCAAUAGUUCUGACUGGAAUGUAUUGUUUUGUUUAUUUUACAAUACACAGUGAAUAUUUCUCUUGCAAUGUAUUUUCAAUGCGUAUUUUCAAUGCGCAUGUACGACGAUUUAAAUGUGGAGGCUCGCGUAAUAGUCAUUUGCCUACAAACUCAGUCUACUGUGUAUAUUAAAAUAUACCCAUUCAAUACAGCUCAUAAGUAAUUGCGCGAUCGUAUAAUAUAAUUAUUUGUUUUCUGGUGGCUAACUACCUGCAAGCUCUCCCGUCACUCUAGUGAAUAGUGAUGUAUUUCCAGUCAUACAAUAUUAUGUACCUAUUAUGACUGGUACGAAAGGCAUUUGGAUAUUGCAAGUGUGAAUUAAACAAUAGAUUGUAUCAUUUCAUGUAAAAUAAACCAAUAAUUUGUAAAAUUAAUUUAUAAUCAGAAUUAAUUUCAUAAGUGUCACUUCAUAAGUACAGAAGUCUAUAUACUGUUUGUCGAAAGUAGAAUUUAUCUUUUUGAAAUAUUAUGAUGUAAGUAGGUAUGUAUAGCUGUAAGGCGUCUCCGAAACGUUUUGUGUUGACGAAAUAAAUUGGUAUGACUAAAA